GCCCCCCGUUAGGCGGCGAGCGCCCGAGGGGAGGGGACAGCCCGGAAGGCAGGAAGCUGCGGCUUAAAAGGGCAGCCCGCGCCGGGCCUUUCCUCCCUCGCUCCGUCCCCGGGCUCCCCCGAGUGCCUCUCCGUGGCCUGCGCCCCGCCGCCAUGUACCGCUGUCUGGGCGAAGCGCUGCUGCUGUCCCGCGCCGGGCCCGGCGCCCUGGCCUCGGCGGCGGCGGCGGCGACCAGCGAGUCGGCCGCGCUGCUGGGCCGGGCCCGCGGGCAGCCCGCCGCCGCCGCCGCCGCCCCGCUGCCGGGGUUCGGCGCGCCCGCCCGGCGGCACUACAGCGAGGCGGCGGCCGACCGCGAGGACGACCCCAACUUCUUCAAGAUGGUGGAGGGCUUCUUCGACCGCGGCGCCAGCAUCGUGGAGGACAAGCUCGUGGAGGACCUCAAGACCCGGGAGAGCGCCGAGCAGAAGCGGAACCGGGUGCGGGGCAUCCUGCGGAUCAUCAAGCCCUGCAACCAUGUGCUGAGCCUGUCCUUCCCCAUCCGCCGCGACGACGGCUCCUGGGAGGUCAUCGAGGGCUACCGGGCCCAGCACAGCCAGCACCGCACGCCGUGCAAAGGAGGUAUCCGUUAUAGCACUGAUGUGAGCGUAGAUGAAGUAAAAGCUUUGGCGUCUCUGAUGACAUACAAAUGUGCAGUGGUUGAUGUACCAUUUGGGGGUGCCAAAGCUGGUGUUAAGAUCAAUCCCAAGAACUACACCGAUAAUGAACUGGAAAAGAUCACAAGGAGGUUCACCAUGGAGCUAGCAAAGAAGGGUUUCAUUGGUCCUGGCAUUGAUGUGCCUGCCCCAGACAUGAGUACAGGCGAGCGGGAGAUGUCCUGGAUUGCCGACACCUAUGCUAGCACCAUAGGGCACUAUGACAUCAAUGCUCAUGCCUGUGUUACUGGUAAGCCCAUCAGUCAGGGUGGAAUCCAUGGACGAAUCUCUGCUACUGGUCGGGGAGUUUUUCAUGGAAUUGAAAACUUCAUCAAUGAAGCAUCUUAUAUGAGCCUUUUAGGAAUGACACCAGGAUUCGGAGAUAAAACAUUUGUUGUUCAGGGAUUUGGUAAUGUGGGCCUGCAUUCUAUGAGAUAUUUACAUCGUUUUGGUGCUAAAUGUGUUGGUGUUGGUGAAUCUGAUGGAAGCAUAUGGAAUCCAGAUGGUAUUGACCCAAAGGAACUGGAAGACUUCAAGUUGCAACAUGGAUCAAUCCUGGGCUUCCCCAAGGCAAAGCCCUAUGAAGGAAGCAUCUUGGAGGCUGAAUGUGACAUACUGAUUCCUGCUGCCAGUGAAAAGCAGCUGACCAAGUCCAAUGCGCCCAGAGUCAAAGCCAAGAUCAUUGCUGAAGGUGCUAAUGGACCUACAACUCCAGAAGCGGAUAAGAUUUUCCUGGAGAGGAACAUUAUGGUUAUUCCAGAUCUCUACUUGAAUGCUGGAGGAGUUACAGUUUCUUACUUUGAGUGGCUAAAGAAUUUGAAUCAUGUCAGCUACGGUCGUUUGACCUUCAAAUAUGAAAGAGAUUCCAACUACCACCUACUCAUGUCUGUUCAAGAGAGUUUGGAAAGAAAAUUUGGAAAGCAUGGUGGAACCAUUCCUGUUGUACCCACAUCAGAGUUCCAAGACAGGAUAUCGGGUGCAUCUGAGAAAGAUAUCGUGCACUCUGGCUUAGCAUACACUAUGGAGCGUUCUGCAAGGCAAAUCAUGCGUACAGCCAUGAAGUAUAACCUGGGAUUGGAUCUCAGAACAGCUGCCUAUGUCAAUGCCAUUGAAAAAGUCUUCAAGGUGUACAAUGAAGCUGGUGUGACCUUCACAUAGAUGGAUAGUGGCUGGCUUCUACCCUUCCCUUUUCACCUUUUCAUCGCGACCUAUCACAAGUUUACAUGUAACCACAGAAAUCUCUUUCUCUCAUGACUUAUUAAAUAAUGGACACCAUUCUCAACAAGCCAAUCCAAAUCAACCCCUUAAGAAGAAAGAAAUUAAGGGUAGGGGGAUCAUGUAUAAAAGCUAAUGAGUGUGAAAGUAGAAAUCAUCUAUUCCAGAGAGCCUUUGGGUAUUUUGCCUUUAAAUAAAAAGUCUUUCAUCCAGCUGUGCUGCCUUGCUCCAUGGCUUUUUCCCAACCCAGAGCUAUGGCCUAGGAAAGCACUUAUCCAAGAGUAAUCAGUUGCUAGCUGCUUUAACUCUGGACAAGUCUGAGAUGUGCUGUAACUUUUAACAUGCUUAAAAAGCAGGUGUGGCGUUUUUAGAAGGUGGCAUGGUCCUCAAGUGAGUUAUUGAUAUUUUACAUCAGCAUAAUAACUCAGUUUUACAAGUUACAAACAAAAAUAAAAGCUAUUUCUCUUUAUGCAUUUUAUUCUUUUAGAAUAAAAUAAGUACAUGCUGCUGUAAUAAAAUGGCCUUUAUCACUUAACAGCCUAACUUUGACUAAGCAGUGAAUGCCUAUAUAAACAUAAUGAACGGAAAAAGCUAGUAUUUUUAUAACAUAUAAAACGGUAUCAUUUAUAGCUUAACAAUCCUGUGUUAUUGUCCAGCAAAUAUAAAAAGCCCAUUGGAGAGUUAUCUUCAUACAAGCAAAUAACGGACACUAUUUUUGUUAAGAUUGUUCGAAUUUACUAAGUAAUUAUGACAUAUAGUCCAAAGAAUGCAGUAACCUCCUUAUCAUGUUAAUUAAUUGCUUUUCUCUUUGGGAGAUCUAUUGUGUUGACUAAUUGAACAAUAAUUCAAGUAGAGUGUCCCAGAAAGAAAAACCAUGUGAUCUCCUUGUUUGGAGUCUAACUGGCGGCUCUCAGCAUUGCCAGGGGCCCCCACUCAGCCUGACUUUGUGUUCUCUUUUAGAGGUCUCACAUUCUGCACUCAGCAUCAUUAACAGUGGGCAGAAAAUCUUUGAGUGUUUUAUUUGGGAGUUAUUUGGCCAGGGUCUUCUGAACAGUAGUGUCCCAAUGAAGUACUAGAUUAUUAUUUAUGGACGAAUGAGCUUUUUUUUUUAAAACAAUAAUAUCCUUUCAGAAAUUUCUAACUACUUUGUAACUGCAUGACUUAUCCUGAUGACAAACGCAGUUAUUAAAAGUCUACCUUUUCCAAAGCU